CCGCUGCGGUGUACCAGUGUACGCUCUUCUUCCCUGCACGGCGAUAGCGCCCACAAAGCAGGCUUCAAGACCAUGCUGUGGCUAGGCGUAGGGCUACCCAUGACCCUCGUGGAAACUCGGGCCUUCAACAUAUUGCCGCAGGGGAAGAGCCCGACACGGUUUCAGGCUGUCCCCCCUGCGACUGCCGCAGUCGCCGGUGGGGCAAGGAGACGACGCCGAGCCGUUUUGAGCUCGCACGCGAAGAGAAGGCCUAGACCAGGCACACUCUCCGCAUCGAAUGCUGAUGGUCAUGCUUCUUCGACAACAGCAGACCAUGAUGGCUAUGUCCCGGCCUCGUUACCGCGAAUAGACGUGACCGGCCUCUCCCGAGCGCAAGUGGCCGACCUUGUUGACUUCUCCCGGCCGUGCAUCUUGACAGGGGUGCUUUCCUCGCCGGACUGCGAGUCGUGGUGCGACGGGCUGCUGCAAGACUUGGGGGAGGCAGCUUGUGCUUUUCAAAUACGCGACAACGAGAGCGGUCACAGCGAGGUGUUCGAGGCAAGCCUCAUGGACUUUGUGCAAGGCUUACAGGACGAGAGCACACACAACGAUAGCUGGUAUCUGCUGGACGAGCACCUCCUCGACUUUCCACAAGCUCGCCCCGAACUCGGUGCCCUGCUCGAGAAGCCGCAGGACCUCCUUGGGACAGACGAGUUUCAGCUGUUCCCUCCUUCCGUCCGGCCCCAAAACCUGUGUACCAUCGUGGGCGGUGUGGGCGCGCGCUCGUUUCUCCACAGCGACCCGAUGGAGUGGAUGGGCUGGAACGUUCUUCUCGAAGGCCGGAAGUUAUGGACGUUCCUACCUCCAUUGGCCGACCUGGAUUCCUCUCUUGGAGCCUACCGCUUGGCGCCGAACGCCUUCGGCUCCCACAACGUCUCGGCGGGAUGGCAGAGCAACGUGGACCUCUACCAGCACGGAGCAGGCACGGCGUCUUGGCCGACAGCGGGAGAGGGGCACGAGGUCAUGCAGCACGCUGUCUGUGGGGUACAGGAGGCGGGGGAACUUGUUCUUAUACCGCCACGUCAUUGGCACCAGGUGUACCACCUCGAGCCGUCAUUGGCAGUCGCGUCGCAGUACAUGGACUUUCGGGUACGAGAUCGCGUGUUCCGACACAUGCUGGACUGGUGCGGGGCUUCCGACGACGUGCUUCUAUCCUCCCGGUUCGAUGCUCUGGCGCUUCGCGACCAGAUCAAGGAGGUGCUGAAGGUGGCGCUCGUAGCGCGUCACGACAUAGAAAAGGGCCUGGAAGCCUUCGACGGCCUCGACGACCCAUCUCAUUGAACGGGACCAAUCUUGUUGUUCGAUUUCGUACCGAAAUGCCCGAGAUUUUGCUACUGGUUAACCUCGUUGAUAAUGCAUUAUUAUUGGCCGAUAGUCCUUGCGUAACGGCAGCCACGGGGUCGAAUCUUGAGCUCGUUUUUCGAUAAGGUUCAUCAUUUUCUUCGCGUUGAUUGAUCAAUCUCACGGGUAUUAAGGCACUCUUCUGCUUUCCAGAGGGGAGGGGGGAACUCUCACGUGACCUGCGUACUAUUAACUUCCUUGCGGAUGGAUUCAAGAAUAUCCAAGAGUAUCCAAGGACGAACCAGCGGCGCUGUUUCUCCGGAUGUGUGCCUCCGUUGUUGUACAUAUCCUUUCACAGCAGCAGUACUGAACAGAGACAGGAAUAUCCACGCGCAUUGGUAUGUGAUGAUCUGCUUCCUCGUAGCCCCUAUUUUGUCGCCGUUGAUUGUAUGACGGCUCGAUUUCAAGUGUGUCACAGCCCUGCCACCAUGCAGUCUGCAUGCCAACAAAUCAGCGUUGAUGGAUCCUGUCUCUAGCAGAGCGUGCAUUCUCGGCUGGUCGUGAUGAAAGCAUUGAUGAUUAAGCAAGCAGAUGAUGCCGCGGUGGUCGGCUUGAAAGAGGCGGUAAAGUAACGUUGUUGCGCACGGCG